AUGGCUACUGUGCUCAGCCAUUUCACUCUAGUCUCGUCCUCCUCCCUUACACCGCCGUCUCGCCACCGCCGAUUCCUACACCACAAAUUAUUCCCCAAAAUACCCUUACACUCUUCCCCAUCUCUUAUCAAAUUUGGCGCCGGAAACUCCGAACCCCAACCUCCACAACCGUUGCCGGAGGCUGAUUGCCCUGUUCCGCCGGAACAACAGCCGAUCAACGAGUACCAAUCUCUCUCCUCCUCAUUCCCUUUCUCCUGGGCUUCAGGCGAUCUAGUCGAGUACUCUUCCAGGCUCUUCGUCACCGGCGCUUCUUUUGCAUUUUUCGUCGGGUUACCCGUUUGCUGGUUCGGAUCCAUCGGACCCGAAUACGAACCCGUCAAGCGGAUUCUCGCCGCCAGCUCUAGCGGGAUAUUCGUUGUCACGCUUGCUGUCGUAAGGAUGUAUCUCGGUUGGGCUUAUGUCGGAAAUCGUCUUCUUAGCGCCACCGUCGAGUAUGAAGAAACUGGGUGGUAUGAUGGUCAGGUUUGGGUGAAAAUACCUGAAGUCUUGGCAAGAGACCGUCUUCUUGGAUCUUUCUCGGUAAAACCAGUUCUUGCCAGAUUGAAAAACACGCUAGUUAUUCUCGGAUUAUCGCUGAUUCUUGUGGUAAACCUCAGUAAUUCCCCGAUUGCAUCGUCUUAUAGAACAUAUAAGGAUCCUAGGGACAGAUACUCGAUGCCGAUCCCAGGUGCGUACAAUGAUGAAACCGCAAGAACCUUCGAACCAGAAGCUUUCUGCGGAGAACCUUCUUCAGAUCUUCUUUGA